GGGACGUUAAGAAUCAUCAUCGAUAUGGAUAAUCAGGAUUCUACGUCCUUUGCGAGUAUUCUAGCUGGUGUUCAGAGACUCAGGGAGAAUGGCGAAGUGGCGAGGGAGCCGGAGAAUAAACAAGUACAAAGGCAACAGCAAUCUCCACAACCAGUGCAGAGACAGCCAUCACCACAUAUUGGGCAGAAGAGGAUCAAUGCCUUCAACCAGGACAAGUCUCGGUCACAAGGGCCCAAAGUGCCAAAGCCUUCAUCACUCAACGUCAACUCGAGGCAGAAGCAGAACCCUUUGAUGAGCUCGUUGACAAAUGUUAACUAUAUCUUUGUCGAACAGCGUAACGUUUACGACUUCCUUGUGAAUGGAAGAGAUGUUAUAUUCUUAUCGUUGAAGUACCACAAGCUACAUCCAGAAUAUAUCCAGAACAGAAUGAAGCCACUCAUGAAGAAGAAUGCUAUAUUGCUAUCGAUUUUACACUGCUUCUGGCAUUCACGUAUGAACAGGCUGCUAAAUACCUGA